CUAUAAAUGAUGAGGUGGAAGAAGAGAGGUAGAUAGAUGCAAAUUUGAUUGUUCCUAACAUUCUCAUCAAGAAAUCAGAGAAAAUUAAGAGAGAGAUGUCAAAUCUGUUUGUGAAACAGGCAAAACAAUAUGCAGGUGCAAGGCCAAGUUAUCCACCGCAGCUCUUCCAAUUCAUUGCUUCAAAAACCCCCUCUCACAACCUUGCUUGGGAUGUUGCCACCGGAAGCGGCCAAGCUGCCAAAUCGUUAGCUGAACUAUACCAGAAUGUCAUAGCCACGGAUGCUAGUGAGAAACAGCUUGAAUUUGCAACAAAGCUCCCCAAUGUGCGAUACCAGCAUACCCCUUCAACCAUGUCCAUUGCAGAGGUUGAACAAAAGGUGGCACCUCAAGGAACCAUAGACCUUGUGACCAUUGCCCAAGGUCUCCACUGGUUUGACCUCCCAAACUUCUAUGCACAAGUCAAUUGGGUUCUCAAGAAACCACAUGGAGUCAUUGCAGCGUGGUCUUACAAUUUGCCUAGACUUAGUGAUGCAGUAGACUCUGUCCUUGAUCAAUUUUAUGGCUCUGAUACUAAACCUUAUUGGGACCAAGCACGCAGAUUGGUUGAAAACAAUUACAGAACCAUUGAUUUUCCAUUUGAGCCUGUGGAUGGAGCUGAUCACACAGGACCGUUUGAGUUUGUGACAGAGACUGUGAUGGAUUUCGAUGAUUUCUUAACUUAUAUAAAAUCAUGGUCAGCAUAUCAGACAGCAAAGGAGAAGGGAGUGGAGCUUCUAGGCGAGGAUGUGGUUGAAAAGUUCAAACUUGCUUGGGGUGAAGAUGGCCAGAAGGUUGCCAAGUAUCCAAUUUAUCUUAGAAUUGGAAAAGUAAGUGAUGCCUGAAAAUAUGUUCUUACUUGAUAGUUAGCUCAAGAAACAUUUUCUGUUUGUUGAUUAAAUAGUUUAGCUCUAUUGAUACUAUUUGAAUCAUUUAUUGAGCUGAUUGUUAAGGAAGAGGUGAAGUAGAAAGCUUAAAUUCCAAGGGUAAAACAGUCCUCGUGUAUCCAAUUUUGUUUUAUGCUUCCAUGGCCAACCAAAUUUCAAAUUGCUAGAAA